GUCUUCUGGCUGCAUUACAAACACAAACUUGUUUAUAAUUUUUACGCGGGCUUAGAAGAUUUGAAGAAACGUGUCUCCAGAUUUGUAAUGUUUUGCGAUUGCCAUUUAAUUUAUUUGUUAGAAAUGUGUGUUUCCUAUAACUUUUUUAUUUUUUUCUUAUUUGUUUUUAAUACUGCUUAGUUUUUUAUAUUUAAUUAACCUUAAAUGCAAGUACAAUUUAAGCUGCGAAUGUUUUGAAAUGUGCUACAUUAUUUCAAAAAACUAUGUCAGGUGAAUGUGACAUUGCAAAAGUUAAUGUCAACAUUGAUUUAGAAUCAGCAUCUGCUUAUGGCCAAGAAGACAUUGUGAAGUCAUUGAUUCGGAAAGGCGCAGACGUAAAUCAUGCCAAUGACUUUGGAUGGACUCCAGUUAUGCAAGCAGCAAGAAAUUGUCACUCAAAUGUGGUGCUAGAACUUUUACGCAGCAGGGCUGAUGUGACAUGCAUGACACAAUUAGGCACGAGCGCGCUGAGCGCGGCCGUGGCGAGCAAGGACGCGGCCACCGUCCUUGCCGUGCUGGACGCUCUCCUGGAGAGAGACUCGGCGGCCACCAGCGACCCCCUGCCCCUCGCGCUGGCCGCCCUCGGGGGCAGCGUGUCCGUCGCGAGCAUCCUGCAGGAGAGGGGGUUCCACCCUGGCGCCCCCGUCCCGCCCUCAGGACUGACGCCUCUGAUGAUGGCAGCUUGCAAUGGGCACUGUGCGAUGGUGGACUGGCUGCUACGCAGAGGUGCCAGUCCGAACGCAGUCAACGCGGCCGGUCAGACAGCACUGGACAUCGCUGCCAGCAAGGGUUACGGCAUCGUCGAGACACUCCUGAUGAAGAGCAUGGAUCUGCCGAGCGUAACGCCGCUGAGGAGCUUCGGUGGCGGAGCGCGUUUCCCUGCUGCGUGGACGUCUCUCGGCUGCCGGACUCAGCAUGAUGUCUUCUCCCCGUCGCACGAGGACAAGCUGCGGGUGUGGUCCCACCUGGCGGAGCUCAGCGUCCCGCAGUGCCCCGUCAGCCACAACUUGCGGGCGGUGCUGUCGCCCUGUUUCUUCCCGGCCGCCAAGUCCAGCUGUCACAUGCAGAGUGUGUUCUCCUCCGGGUCCUGCACCGGGAGGAGCCAGCACCGCUGCUGUUCCCCUCUACCCUCUCCCCGCAGACUCCCGGAGGUCUGCACCCCGCCCCACUAUUGCACGUGUAGGGAGCGACUCCCCAGCUGGAACAGGGUCAGGCGGAUGUCGCAGAGUGACCCGAACUUGUCAAAAAAAGAUAAGAAAAGUCUGUCAAAAUGGUGGAAAGUUACCACGGAAAAGUUACAUUCAAAAGUUACGACUAAGAAAAAAUCUGUUUUUGGGAGUAAGACAGUAAAGUCUUUAAAAUUCAGCUCUGAUAACUGUCACGACAGUGCGUCUACUGAGAAUGUCGGACAAGCAAGUGGACUAGCGAACACUGAAGAAGUCUUUCCUCGCAUAAGUCCUUGCAGAAAUUCAGUACACAGGUCUUUAUCUGGAGGCAAAUCUGAUGUGGAAAAUUUUUUACUAAGCUGUGGACUGCAAGAAUAUUAUCAUAUUUUCGCUGAACAUGAGGUUGAUUUGCACAUGAUCUAUUCUUUGAAUUUUGAAGAUCUUGAAGAAAUGGGAAUUUUUAGUACCGAAGAACAAAUUAAAAUACUAAAGUUAAUUAUAACUACAAAGAAGAGACAACAAUAUAAUUAGUGUUUAAUACUUCAGCAAUGAUUGUGAUUUUGUUAGGAUAUUAUUUAAGAAUUGUUUGAGAUAUCGAAAGCCUAAUCUUGCAAUUACAGAGCUGUGUUUUGUGUGCUAGGCAGUGAAAAUAAAAUAAUAUUUACAUAUAUUUCACUGUUAUAAAGGGAGAAAAUACUUGUUCAUGAGAGUUUGCAAAAUUAGGAGAUUGCUGAGUAAACAUGUUGCACACAAUUAUAUGUAUUUUAAAACAUAAUUAGCUCAAUUUAUUUUAACUAUAUGCAUUUUUAUCAUUAAAUAUUUUUACUCCAGAUUUUAAUCUCUCAAGCCAUUGCCUACCCUGAUUAUUUUCAAGAAACAAUUUUUUCACAAAAAUCUUUUUUAUGACAUUAAUACUCUGUGCAUGUACAGAAUUUGUUUUCAGUGAUUAUGUGUACUUAAACUGUUUUUUAAUAUUUGAUUGGCAUGAGAUUGUUAAAAUUUUAUAUCAUCAAGGUUUUCUAGUAAGAAAUUAGGCUAGCAUUAGGCCUACCUACACAUAAAAAUUUUUCGUACAAAAUAAUUAAGUGUAAUGUUCUCUUUGUCAUGUACAUCUUUCUAAUCUCGUAUGAGUGUUGAUGAGCAUGUUACAAUGUGUAAAUAAAUCAAAUAAAUAAUU